CCCUAAAACUCUCUCCCGCACUCUUGAAGCAUCCAGACCUACGUACUUUCUCGAAGCUCCGCUCCAAAAACGUUGCUCCUAGAAACUGCUCCCCAAACCCCUCCUCUUCCCCGCCACCAUUUCCCCGAACCCCCUUCGUCGAUCAAAGCUCACGACCGGAAAACCCUAGCGAUCCUCCACAGCAAUGGCGACCACCAACGCUCUCUCCUCUGCCUCCAUCCUCUCCUCAUCCCCUCGCCAUUCGAGCUUGAGGAGACGGGUGGGGUUCGGGCAGAGGCCGAUCGGCGGCGGAAAAUACCGUCACCUGGUGGUGCGGGCGCGGGCCAAGGAGAUCGCCUUCGAUCAGAGCUCCAGGUCCAAUCUCCAAGCCGGCAUCGACAAGCUCGCCAAUGCCGUCGGUGUCACCCUCGGCCCUCGAGGGAGGAAUGUGGUGUUGGAUGAGUUUGGGAAUCCUAAGGUUGUUAAUGAUGGGGUUACCAUUGCGAGAGCUAUCGAACUCGCCGAUCCCAUGGAAAAUGCUGGUGCGGCGUUAAUACGGGAGGUUGCAAGCAAAACUAAUGACUCGGCUGGUGACGGGACCACUACUGCGGCUGUUCUUGCUCGUGAAAUAAUCAAGUUGGGUCUUUUGAGUGUUACUUCCGGCGCAAAUCCCGUUUCGAUCAAGAAGGGGAUUGAUAAGACCGUGCAAGGGCUAGUGGAAGAGCUCCAGAAGAAAGCUCGGCCUGUGGAGGGACGAGGUGACAUCAAAGCCAUUGCAUCCAUUUCAGCUGGCAAUGAUGAGACUAUUGGCAACAUGAUUGCCGAUGCCAUUGAUAAAGUUGGUCCUGAUGGUGUUUUGUCCAUUGAGUCCUCAUCAUCAUUUGAAACUACUGUUAAUGUUGAGGAAGGCAUGGAGAUUGAUAGAGGUUAUAUUUCCCCUCAAUUUGUUACCAACCUUGAGAAAUCCAUUGUAGAAUUCGAAAAUGCCAGAGUUCUAGUGACCGAUCAGAAGAUCUCUACAAUAAGUGAAAUCAUUCCCUUGUUGGAGAAGGCCACACAGCUAAGAGCUCCUCUACUUAUUAUUGCCGAGGAUGUAACGGGUGAGGCUUUGGCAACACUUGUUGUGAAUAAGUUAAGGGGUAUCCUGAAUGUUGCUGCGAUCAAAGCACCUGGAUUUGGCGAGAGAAGGAAGGCUAUUCUUCAGGAUAUUGCAAUUUUGACAGGGGCCGAGUUCCUUGCCAAAGAUCUUGGUUUCUUGGUCGAAAACACAGCCGUCGAGCAGCUUGGCACAGCAAGAAAGGUCACAAUCUCCCAAAACUCCACAACCAUCAUAGCUGAUGCGGCAACCAAAGAUGAGAUCCAGGCCAGAAUCGCCCAACUAAAGAAAGAGCUUGCGGAGACCGACUCUGUUUACGAUUCUGAGAAGCUAGCUGAGAGGAUUGCUAAACUAUCUGGUGGUGUGGCGGUUAUAAAGGUUGGGGCUGCCACUGAGACUGAACUUGAGGAUCGUAAGCUUCGGAUUGAGGAUGCGAAGAAUGCUACUUUUGCUGCUAUCGAGGAAGGAAUUGUACCGGGAGGAGGCGCAGCUUAUGUUCACCUCUCGACAUGUGUUCCUGCAUUUAAGGACAAGAUGGACGAUCCAGAUGAGAGAUUAGGCGUGGACAUCAUACAAAAGGCAUUGGUGGCUCCGGCGGCAUUGAUUGCUCAUAAUGCGGGGGUGGAGGGAGAAGUCGUUGUAGAAAAGAUCAAGGAUCGCGAGUGGGAGAUCGGCUACAACGCAAUGGACGACGAGUACGAGAAUCUAGUGGAAGCCGGAGUCAUCGAUCCCGCCAAGGUCACGAGGUGCGCGCUGCAGAACGCUGCGUCGGUUGCUGGGAUGGUGCUAACGACUCAAGCCAUAGUGGUGGAGAAGCCCAAGCGGAAGGCUACUGCGGCUGCACCGCCCCAAGGUCUAGGCGUCUAAAAGCUCUUUUGGGUCUUUAUUGGAGACUUCUUGUUGUUUUUUGAAGUUUGAGCACUAAGAGCAAUUUGAAUAGAAUGAAUCUAUUUGUGAUGUGUAAUGAGACAGCAAGUAGAGUAAUUUAAUUGUGUAGUAGCUGCUAUGUUGGUAGUAUGAGAAUUGACUGCAGAGGAGGCAAAGGUUUGUCAAGUGGGCCCUGUUAAUAAACAGAGUUAAAAGUUUAGCCUAAUUUGGGUGUG